AUGACGCAGCGUGUAAGCGCCAUCACGCUACAAUUGGAUGAUGAGAUCCGUAAGAUCUUACUGUGUCCUAAUGUGCCCUUACGAGAGCUCUUGCAAUGCAUUACUGCGGGUUUCCCGGCCCUCAAUUGCGAUCAGUCCAAGACGCUCGUGGCGAUACAAGACACUUCAAGUCACGUGUUCUACCCACUGUCUCUUCUUUGUCGCUCUCCCGAAUUAUUUGAAACCGCUUCGUACUACCUCGUACUGGAUGGUGUGGUACACAAAAGUACCAAACAAUUAAAACAUCGAUCAUAUUAUCACAGUCGAAAACGUCGUGGGACAGUUGAUUAUCCGGCAGUUUCAACAUUAUCCGACGUGAACCAAGAGGACGAGGAGAUUUUGACGAAUAACGAGAAGGACAAGCGGCCAAUACCAGCUGUUACGUCCUCUGAAGACGAGCUAGAGAUUGAUUUAUCGGAUUUUGAACUACCACAGCUUGUCAAUGUGUUUACACAAGCCUGUCCUACAGGCACAUUGAAUCAGAUGACAUUCAAUCGGUGCUUGGAGAAAAUAUUGUCACAGUCGGGACGAUAUGAUCAGCAAGCACGGAAAAUGUUUACGAGGUUGUUUAAUAUAUUUGAAAAGCAGAGUCGACGGAAAAAUAUCGUGGACGUGGCUGAUUUUCUAGGAGGUGUCUCAGUCUUUGCAUGUGGUGAACGUGACGAAAAGAUUCGUUUGACAUUUGAUCUCUAUGAUAUGGACGGUGACGGGUUCAUUUCAAAAGAAGAAAUGACGAAAUACUUGACUGCAGUGUUUCUAGUCAUUAAUGAGGCAUCGCCAGAGCUUUUCCUUGAAAACAACGUCAAUCCAGCAGAGUUAAGCAAUGUGACGGCGAAUCAGUGUUUUGCAGAGUCAAUAUUGAAUCAGGAGGGCAAAUUGUCGUAUGAGGCGUUCCGAAAAUGGUACUCGAAGCCGGGACCUACGCAGCUUGCUGCUGCUAAAUACAACGGAAUGAAAACGACUCGCGUGAGUGCCUCCCAGUCGCCAGAGAUUUUUGACUUGGCCACUCUUCGCGAGGUUACAGGUCUGUCGGCGCUGAGUGCAUCCGAUUUUUUUUCCAUCUUCAAUGCGUUAUUGGCCAAUGGUGGGGACAAGAAAGAAGUACUUACCCGUGCCGAGUUCAAGAGGUGUUUCUAUGACAUAUUAGAGAGAUUGAACCGGAAGCCUACCAGUGCGAUCGCAAUGUUUUUGGACCGGCUCUUUGAUGCGUUUGACGAGGACAAAAACGACUCUGUAGACUUUGUGAAGCUGAGCAGCGGACUUUCAGUAUUGUGUGGCGGCUCAAGUGAAGACAAAGUGACGGCAGCUUUUUCGUGUUUUGAUGCUGAUGGCGAUGGAUACAUCACAGAGCAGGAGAUGGAAGCGUAUCUGACAUCUGUCUUUAACGUUAUGUACGAGACUUCGACAGCCACAACGCAAUCAAUUGGAAUUGACGCUAAAUCUCUUGCACGCUUCACAACAAAGCAAGCCUUUGAAGAAGCAGAUGUGAGUCGUGACGGAAAGCUGUCGCUGGAAGAAUUUCGCUCGUGGUACCGGGUUUAUGAGCACAAUCAACAGCCGUCAACAGGUGUACAUGUAGGUCUCCAGCGUCAGCUCGGAGUGCACGGCAACGAUGCGUUUGGAACAACUAGCUCUGUUGCUUCCCUUAUAGGGCUGUGUGACCGACGUCCCAAUGAUGUUUUCGAAAUCAUCGCAGCAAAAGUAAAUGAGGAUGGCGUCCUGUCGCGAGAAGCCUUUUUUACUAUCGUUGACGAACUCGUCGAGGACCAUGUGACUAAUGCCAAACACAAGUUAAGUACUGAGGAAAAGGAUCAAGUGAAGAAAAUCAUGGCGACCGUCUUUGAUGGGUUUGAUAGUGAUCACGACGGCUUUGUAGAUUUUUGCGAACUAUCCAGCGGCAUUUCUGUAUUGUGCGGUGGGUCACAGGAAGAGAAAAUUAAGUCUGCGUUUACUUUGUUUGACAUUUACCGAGACGGAUUCAUCUCACGCGAUGAAAUGGAAACAUACCUGGCUUCAGUAUACCGGAUAGUGUUUGUGACAUCUCCUGCUACAAUGCAGCAACUUAAUGGUAUUUCUCCAAGACAGCUAGCUCGAAUCACUACAGCGGAUGCAUUUUCACUUGCUGAUGCAAAUGAGGACGGCCGUUUGAGCUUUGAAGAGUUCACCAAAUGGUACAGUACUCAAAGCGCGCCUAUGGUGCCUUUGCAAUCACACCAAGUUGCCGCGACGCCCUCCAUGACUGGCACUCUGUCGUCUUCUCGAGCUUCUUUCGUGUCUUCAAGUGAAGUGCUCAAUGAAAUGAAAAAAUUGACAAACCUUGUUGCGUACGACGUGAAUGAUAUUUUUGAGUUUUUUCAAGCCUCGGCGGAUCAAGAAGGCAAUUUGUCUCAACCAGAUUUCUUUCGCUGCUUCAACACACUGCUAGCAAAAGACAGGCAAAUCAGUCUUGAUACACAGAUAAACACUCAACAGCUUUUAAAGCAACUGUAUGAGCUUUUUGACGCUGAUAAAGAUGGAAUUGUGGAUGUGCAGGAGCUUGGCGCUGGUCUUUCGAUUCUUUGUGGCGGAAGUCGAGCAGACAGAGCUAAAGCGAUGUUCACGCUGUACGAUGACAACCACGACGGCUGCAUAUCUCCUGAAGAAAUGACAUCGUACUUGUCAUCUGUCUUUAAAGUAAUGUUUACGGCAUCACCGGAUCUACUAUCAAAAACAGGAAUGAUGCCGGAGCAGCUCGCUACAAUUACCACAAGGGAAUGUUUUCGUGGUUUUGAUGUCAACCGUGACGGGCAAUUGAGUGUCGACGAGUUUCGAGUUUGGUUUGAACAACAAAACCCGUACGCUUUCUAUAAGCGAGCGUGUGUCUCGAAUGGUAGCAAGGCCUCACUCCCGAGUGAACUUAUUCAUUCAUCUUCUUCGAGCUCAAGCGAGCCUACUACGGCAGAUAUAAUUCCGAUUGACGUUGCGAAGAAGCUGUCCGGCCUGGAAAACAUGUCUUUGGACGACGUGUCCGAGCUCUUUAGCUUAGCAAUUGAUGGUGGUAACCGGAUUUUGCGACGCAUAUUUGACAAGUGUUUUUACAAGCAUAUUUGCAGUAAAAAUACGUCGAUGUUAUCCGAAAGUGAGAGUACUCGAGUACAUGAAGUGAUUGAUCGUAUCUUUUCCGCAUUUGAUACUGAGCAAAAAGGAAUUGUUGGCUUCAACGAGCUUAUGAGUGGACUAUCGAUUCUCUGUGAUGCUUCUUCUCGGGACGAGACGGUCUUAGCUGCGUUUAAAUUGUACGACACAAAUGGAGACGGUGUGAUAUCAGAGAAAGAAAUGAACCACUAUUUCGGAUCCGUGUUCAAGUUGCUUUAUGCUCUCGAUCCUACCCAUCAGCAAAAGCUUGUGAUUUCAGCUAAUAAUCUAGCAGCGGUGACAGCAAGCGAGAUUUUUGAGGUCGCCGACGUGGAUCGUGAUGGAAAGCUUACCUUUGACGAGUUUCAGAGAUGGUAUUCAAAUCCAGAACAAACAUUCUUUACUGAUAUCGUGGCUCCUCUUGAUUUAAAUGAGGUGCGGCAGCUGACGAACCUGGGAAGCUUGGACGUAGUUGAGGUUUUCGGACGAUUUGCGGAGCAUGCAGAUGAAAAUGGAAUGCUCGAUCGAGAAUCUUUCGACAAGUGUUUUUUUGAAAUCAUUGAGAUGGCUCAACCGCGCACUCACAUUGAAAAGUUGCGUGCAACGAUGAUAGUAGAUCGUUUGUAUGACGUGUUCGAUCACGACGGUAAUGGGCAAAUUGACUUUAGCGAGCUGGCUAGUGGACUCUCUGUUCUCUGCAAAGGAGCACGAGAUGCUAAAGUUAAGGCUGCGUUCCGCUUGUAUGACUUCAACGCCGAUGGAUUUAUCUCGAUGGAGGAGAUGAAGCGCUAUCUUACGUCAAUCUUCAAGGUGCUGUAUGAAGUACAGCCUAAAAUGCAGCUGGAAACCGGCGUAUCAGCUGAGAAACUCGGUGCUAUUACUGCAGAACAGGCGUUUCUGGAGGCAGACUCCAACAAAAACGGCAAACUAAGCUAUGACGAAUUUUUGACAUGGUACAAUUCUCCUGCCCAGGCGGGGAUUAGUAGUGCCGUAGCGAAGAAUGCUAUUGUGGAUUCUUCACUACGCUGGAUGCCACUAAACGAAAUUAAGCAGAUUACAAAUCUUGCUCAGUACGGGCCAGAGGAAGUGUUUGAGAUUUUUGCAGGUGAAACGAAUGAAGACGGUCUGUUGUCGCGAGAUGCCUUUGAUGAAAGCUUUCGCAAGGUAAUCGAUGGUCAGAAAUCUAAGGCAGGAUGGAUGUCUGAUCCUAAAACUCAAAAGAAGAUGCAAGAGAUUAUCGACAGCCUCUUCAACUUGUUCGACAGAGACGGCAAUGGAGCUGUAGACUUUGGAGAGCUUGCUAGCGGGCUGUCUGUGCUAUGCGGUGGUACAAAGGAUCAAAAAGUGAAGGCAGCUUUUUCUUUGUUCGACUUCAAUGAUGAUGGAUUUAUUUCUCUUGACGAGAUGACGCGGUACCUCACGUCUGUAUUCCGUGUACUGUUUCAGGUAUCACCGAAUGCUCAAUCUCUUGGCAUUUCUCCUGAAGAACUGGGAGAAGUCACAGCUCAACGGGCCUUUGCUGAGGCCGAUCAAGAUCAUGAUGGACAAUUAUCACUAAGGGAGUUUCAGGAUUGGUAUCGUAAACCAGGUGGGAUUGGUGAAGUUGCAAAGAAUGGGGAGCAGUUAUUUAGUUUCGCUAAAACGCGGCAACUAACAAAUUUACAAGCAUGUUCUCCAAUGGAAGUUUUGCAAACUCUCGCCUUCUGCGCCGACGAGCAAGGGCUCGUGUCGCGAGAAGCGUUUGAUGAGUGUUUCCGAACAAUCAUUUCAACGAAUCAAGGCAUCAAGUUAGAAGAGUACCAGCGGAUCAACCCCAUUCUCAACCGCCUUUUUGAGCUCUUUGAUGUUAACAAUAGUGGUAUGGUCGACUUCAGUGAGAUCUCAUGCGGGCUGUCUGUAUUUUCUGGCGGCGCGUCUGAGGAGAAAGUUGGUGCUGCAUUUGCUUUGUACGAUUAUAACGCCGAUGGUUACAUCUCGAUGGAGGAGAUGACAUGGUAUCUAACCUCUGUUUUUAAGGUAUUGGAGGAAGCGUCACCUUCUGUGGUUUUGCACUUAAAUCGCGAGUCCCCCGAGGAGCUGGGUCUUCUUACUGCGCAGCAGACAUUUGAAGAAGCUGGUCUGGACCGUGACGGCCGUUUAAGCUUUCCUGAAUUCCGCAAAUGGUACACUCGAUCCAAUGCUGCGAAUAUGGAGUGUCUUAUCCAGAAUAAUGUCCCGGAGUGGCUGUCGCUGCGUGAGGUGCGGCAUCUGACAAAUCUGAGCUCGUUCUCGGCUCAGCAGGCGCUAAAUACGUUUACCAAGUUCACAUCUCCAGAUGGCACUAUGGACAAUGAAAGGUUUAGGCAGGCGUUUGAGCAUUUUCAAGACGAGUCGGCGACUGAUGAGUCAAAGGACAGGCUGCAAUUGUUAGUCGACCGAGUCUUUGCCCUGUUCGACAAGGACAAUAAUGGGCGGGUAGACGUUUACGAGCUUGCUAGCGGGCUGUCAUUGCUUUGUGAGGAAAGUCAGACGGAUAAAGUGCGCACUGCGUUUAAUUUGUAUGAUGUGAACCAUGACGGAUAUAUUUCGCUAGGAGAAAUGCGUCUCUACCUUACUGCAGUGUUUAAGGUGCUCUUCGAGGUGAAUCCGGAUAGAGAGGCACGAAUGGGUGUGACACCCGAGGAGCUGGCCGAAAUUACAGCGGAGCAGGCUUUUGCUGAAGCUGACCACGACAAGGAUGGCAAACUUUCAUUUGCAGAAUUUGAGCAGUGGUACAUGCAGCAGAAAACGGUGGGGGAUUUACCUCUGCCCGUUCUCAGCGAGCAAGAACAGCAGCGGCAACAAGGACGAAAGAUGCAGGGAGAAGUACCUCAUUGGGUGAGCCUGGAUGUGGUUAAGCAGAUGACAAACUUAGAAAAGUACACGGCCGAUGAAGUAUUCGAAAUCUUUGCCAUCCGUUGCGCAGAGGAUGGGACGCUAUCACGUGAGGCUUUUGAAGAGUGUUUCGAGCAACUUGUGGAUGAACAGUACAAAAACGACGAGGCCAAUCUGGCACGCUUGCGACUUAUUCUAGACAGGUUAUUUGUAAUCUUCGAGGAAGACCACAACGGCACUGUUGAUUUCUGCGAAUUGAGUAGUGGUCUAUCCAUUCUCUGCGGUGGUUCUCGGGAAGAAAAGGUUCGAGCUGCAUUUUCACUUUUUGAUCUUAAAAAAGAUGGAUUCAUCUCGCUAGACGAAAUGGUACGCUAUCUAUCGAGCGUCUUCAAGGUACUUUACGAGACCAGUCCGGGAACCAACGAAAAACUGGGUGUACGACCGGAAGAGCUGGCUGUAAUUACAGCUGAGCAGUGUUUUCUGGAAGGCGAUUCGAACGAGGACGGAAAGGUGAGUUUCGAUGAGUUCGUAGCUUGGUACUCUAAAUCGUCCGGGUUUGAGGCGCAUGUGGCUGGUGAAGGUAGUAUUCUUCUGCAACAACAAGACACAAAUGGUAACACAAGCGAGAGUCGUGAUGAUGGCCCCCUGUCACAUACGAAUAGUAAAAGUGGCAGUUACCGCAAUGGAUCACCUGCUCCUGUGUCGCCAAAGAAAACGACUUGGGGUGCUAGUGAAGACUCUAACACGACCUGCAUCAGCACCGCUCCAGUAGGCUUCCCGCCUGAUAAGAUUUAUGGCAUGAUGGGAUCCAAUGGCAACACACUGGUCUCACCGAACUCAGCAUCUGUUCUGAAUAUAAAUAGCUCCAACAUGGAGAACGUCCGACAACUACUAAAGCUGGACACGUAUGAGGUUAAUGACGUGCUUGAGAUAUUUGCUGAGGCUGCACCCUCUGGUGAGCUAACAUUUGCGGCGUUCAAGAAGUGUUUUGAUCAGAUCAUUCGGCUGGCAGGGGGGCAUGGCUCAUCGGAAGAACGCCACGAGGCCGACGUGAUGGUCCGUCGACUUUUUCGUGCGUUUGAUACGGACAACAGCAACACAGUCGAUUAUGGUGAGCUUGCUAGCGGCCUCUCCGUGUUGUCCGGAUCUAGCAUGGACGACAAGGUUCGAGUAGCGUUCCAACUGUACGAUAUCAAUGGAGACGGAUAUAUUACUCAUGAAGAGAUGGUCAGCUACAUGACGUCAAUUUUCAGAGUGAUGUACGAGACGACUGAUAGCACGAAGACCAAGAUGGGCGUAUCACCCGAAGAACUUGCUCGUGCAACAGCCGGACAGUGUUUCAAGGAGGCGGACCUGAAUGGAGACAAUAAGCUCAGCUUUGAAGAGUUCAAGAAGUGGUGCACUUCGGGAGUUUGA